AUGAGUCUUGAAAUGGCCCCAGAUUCAUCGAUCUGCGCGGCUCGCAGCCACAUCUUCGCGUCCGUAUUCGCCCCCGCAUCUCCAAUUGACUUCAUAUCCGGACUCGCACCGACAGCCAAGUCAAUACAGAGAGGAUCAAGCUCGGACAAAGGGACACGAAAUCGAGCAUGGCGCCCAGCAACGACAUUUUUGUCAAUUCCCGAUAGGAACUUUGAAGACCUACUGCUACAUAUAGCGUCUGACGAAGAGGACUAUUUGAAACUGUGGAAUCGGGACAAGAAGCCUUCAAAGGAAACCAGGGAUGCCCUGACCUAUUUAAUAAGGCUUUCUACAAAGGAGUCAGAGCAUGAGGACGCGUCGAAUAGCAUUUUCGACUGGUACGAACUCGAGAUUCGUCGGCAUUUUUUGCAGAAUUUCAAGGAAGAUCUGUCCAUUGUGAGCUCCGCCUCGCACCCAGACGGUCUCUUGAGAGAGAAGUUUCCCGACGUAUUUCAGUCUAUAUCGACUUCCUUCGAUCGAAAUAGCUUGUUGGAGGGGUUCCUCGUGAGAUGUCUUCUGUUGAUGCGCCGGAUUUACUUCACUCCGCUGGUUCAAUACAUGCUUCCUGUCCUAGAGCGAAGGGCGCAAGAGAAGUGUUUUAUGAAGUUUGAACGCUCAUUCCACUUGAUGAUCAGAUACGCCAUUCCGGGCCCUUCACUCUCAGAUUUGAUUACACGGACCCUGACCAAACAUACGCUUGUGAUACUCGGGAUUAGCAGCCUGAAAGAGAGAGCAGAUAUCAACGAAGAUGCUAGUGUGGACGAUAUGGAAGUUGAUAGGCAGUAUUCCAUGUCAUAUCAGGAUUGGCGGGCCGCACCGUCGGUUGAGUUCCGAUCACAGAUGAUGACGGAGUUCGAGGAUGUUCAGGUUACUACGGCCCGAGAGCGCCUGUUGUCGCUGCUCAAAAACCUACAGCUUGUUGGGAUAGGGGGUGAGAAGGCUCAGGAAGCCUUUGCUGGUGUCAUGGACACAAUGAUGACGGAAUUCAUCCGGGUUGCCUAUACUGGUCACUGGGAAGGUCCAUCCGUUGUGUCGUUCCAUUUGCGGCAAUGGAUAACAGACGUGUAUGCACAACUUGCCAUUCAAGUCCUCCCUAUUAUCAAUGUACCAGAGCCCGCUAUCCGAGAAAGUGAUCUGGACAAAUGGCAAGAAAUUGGCAUUGCUCGGCUUGGAGCGCUUCGAGUAGGGGAGCUAUUUGAUGUGAUCGUUGAAUGGCCUGCAAGUAGUGGAGCAAUCGAGGAUCUGCGGCAGUUCGCCAGGCACCCUGCAGCGCGCCACCAUCUUACCCAGGCGUUUGUGGCAGCGCUGAAUCGGCGGCUGUUGCAUCCUGGUGCUUCGACUGUGGAGAUUCUGCAGGUUUAUAUUUCUAUAAUACGUGCAUUCAACCUCCUGGAUCCAAAAGGCGUCCUCCUCGAUCGGAUUGCGCGGCCAAUUCGCAGGUAUCUCCGGGACCGCGACGACACCGUCAAUGCAAUCGUUGGCGGCUUACUAGCAGAUCCGGCUGACGCGGAUGGUCGGGGUUCAUCCAACGCCGAAACGCUAGUGGAACUGGCAGCUGAGCUGAACAAGGCACACCAGAACUCUCUGCGGAAUGAUACCGGGGAGCUAGACUUUGACGACCUGAACUGGGUGCCGGACCCAAUUGACGCGGCACCCGACUACCGCAAGUCUAAGAGCUCCGAUGUCAUCGGCAGUCUCAUCAGUAUCUUCGACUCUAAGGAGACGUUUGUCCGCGAGUUACGCGACAUGCUCGCAGACCGGCUCCUCCAGAAACGCGCAGAAUUUGAGCAGGAAAUGUCCGUUCUGGAACUCCUCAAGCUCCGGUUCGGCGACAAUGCCCUGCAAGCAUGCGAGGUCAUGCUGCGCGAUAUCUUUGACUCCAGACGUGUUGACACCGUCGUCCGUAACGACCAGGGCAUGACGAAUUCGCAAGACCAAGAAACUCCCGAACUUCAUGCAAAGAUCCUCUCGCACUUCUUCUGGCCUGAGCUCAAGGGCCACCAAUUCAAGGUCCCGUCUGAAAUCACCGAGCUCCAGCAGCGCUACGCCGAGGGUUUCGAAUCCCUCAAGCAGUCGCGCAAGCUCACGUGGCUCAAUGGGUUCGGUCAAGUCACCGUCGAACUUGACCUCGAGGACCGAGUGUUUGUCGAGGAAGUCUCCACCUGGCAAGCAACAGUCAUCUACGCAUUCAAUUCCGGCACGGCCGAGAGCGAAUCCGUCUCAAAGACAAUCCCCGAGCUCUCGGCACAGCUUGACAUGUCAGCUGCGCUUGUCCGCAGCGCGUGCCUGUUUUGGGUAAGCCGCCGUAUUCUGACUGAGGUCCCGGGGCAGCGGGAUACAUUCUGUGUUCUCGAAUCCCUCCCAGCAACCAAAAACGACAACAACAACGACACUGAGUACGCAGCUGUCGAUUCUACGUCGUCCCAUACAGCAGCAGAAAUCGACGAGAGCGCCGUCGCAGCGGCCAAUGCUGCCGUCGCAAAGGAGUCAGCCGAAGCGGCAGCCAUGGAGAAGAUGAAUCUUUAUUGGCAGUUUAUCGUGGGUAUGUUGACAAACCAGGGCGCGAUGCCGCUGCAGAGGAUCGUUAUGAUGUUGAAGAUUGCGGUGCCUGGUGGGUUCCCCUUUAGUAAUGAGGAGCUGAGGGAGUUUUUGGCGGGUAUGGUAUCAAAGGGCAAGAUUGAGAUUGUCAGCGGGGGCAAUUACAAGAUUGUGCGGUAG